UAGCGUCAGAAGGCUCAGAACACACGCAUAUCAGCAAUUCCUCCGCCCGUCUCUCUCUCAUCUAACCACCUUCUGCUCCGCCGUGGGGUCCUCUCCUUCCCUCCCCUUAGGGUUUUCCUUACUCCUCCAUCUUCCGAUCAUCUGUUCACAAUCAGUUCACGUACAUCGGCAGAUUGUAGAGUCUUUUUUGUACGGAUACGGCGAGUGUGUAUAUCGGCGUAUGAAUCUGUAGGAAGGGUUUCGUUUCCGUCGUGCUUUCUUCUUCAAUGGCGACGGCACCGGUGAAACCGCAGCUGAAGUCGCUCCAUAACUUCCCUGUCUCGCUGAAAUGGGGCAAAACCGCCACGCUUGCCGCCGGAGGAAGCAACAUCACCGGUGGCCGUCCUGCUCCGCCGCCGCUACCGAACGACUCGGAGACGGAUUCCGAUCCUGAUGCUUUCCGGAGGCAGCACCGUCGGCCACCUCCGCCGCCUGCUGGUGCUAGUAUGGCUCCUCAUCGGGUCGGAUCCCGGUCCGCCAGGCAGCAGCGGUUCUCCUUCAGCUCGUGCUCUAGUAUUCUCCCAAAGCCGAUGCCUAAGCAGCAGACGGUGACGGUGCACGAGAAGCCAUCGGCGGCGGAGGAGCAGCUGCGGAAGGAAGUCGUCGCGGUCUCCGAACGGAACAAAGAUGUGGAAUCUGGCGGUGGUGGGGGAGGAGGAGGAGAGGCGGAAGAGGUAGAAGAGGAAGAGAAUCAUCAGCGGCCAUGGAAAUUGAGGCCGAGAAGGGGUCUCUAUUGCUCCCCCGUCGGCAGCGGUGAACUGACGAUGCAGCAACCGAAGGACAAAGCACAACAACAAACGCCAGCGAAAUCGAUGCGAUUGAGAGGAUUGGCGGAGGAUUUAGGCGGCGGCGGAGGAGGAGGAGGAGUGUCUUUUGAGAGGAAGGAGAAGAGGAAGUUCUGGAUUGCUCUGUCGAAGGAAGAGAUUGAGGAGGAUGUCUUCAUCUUGACCGGUUCCAGACCCUCCCGCCGGCCAAUGAAACGACCCAAGAACGUCCAAAAGUUGGUUGAUGUAAACGUCUUUCCUGGUCUGUGGUUAGUGGGAGCUACAGUUGAUUCGUACAGAAUUCCAGAUACCCCGAUUAAGAGGUAGAUACAUAGAGCUUACAGUUGGUUGGUUUUGGGAGAGAGCUCUUUGGAGGGUAGAGAGGAGUUGCCAUGCUACUCACCAUGGAGGCCUCAAUUCGAGAGUGGAGUGGAGAGGACAGAGGUUUAUAGUCUUUUGCAGUGAUAGUAUAUUACAACGCCAGACAGAAUGGACAGGGAAAGGGGAGAAAAUGGAUGCACAGGGAAAGUUGAUGGCUUUCAUUUAGUUUUAGUUCUUUAGAAACGGGGGAAUUGUUGUGUUUUCAGUUGGCUGAAUAUUUAUGUUGCUUGCCUGGAGAUAUAGAUAGGCUGAUGCCUGCCCUGCAUUCUUCCAAUGCUCUGGAAGACUUGUUAUUCAGUUCAGCUUAUCUUGCAUUUUAGGGAGCAAGUGAUACCAAUUGUUGCUGUUUGUUCAAGUCUAGUGUGUUGCCUUAGGAUAAUUUUCGCGUAUCGGGUGGUCAUUUCGUGUUAUCAGCCUGCAAAGUUAUGAUCUUCAAUAGUACCCUUGUUCUUGCUUCUCAGUCUGCCAUGAUAUAAGUUAUUAAGUUUUAGGAGGUGUGGAAAGGGGAGGGUAGUGGCUUGAACAUCAUUUGGUAGCUCUGUAACUCUGAGGUCUCGGUGUUGUGCAUACGAUGUGAGCCUAUAUGCUGUUGGUUGAUGAUAGAUGUGAAGUGCAAGGCUUAAGUAAGUCUAUAUGGUUUCAGGUUUUCCUUAAUUAGUUCGCUCAUUUGCAUACCAUUUGCGUAACUCUGGUGCGGCAAAAGCUUGAUUCAUGGGUUAGUAAAGGGCAUUGAACUUUAUGUUGUGUCGUAGAAGAAGGGGCUUGCAUUGGGUGUCCACAUUCAAGUUAGGCCUCACUAUGGUCAAGCUUCUGGUGCCGCUUGCCACAGGUUAUUUUGAAGCAGAAGAUUUGGGUUAGUAGGUAGCUUGGCUUUUGUAAGUGUCUUUUCUACUGUUGCUUGGUAAAAGAUUGAACAGGUGAUGUGGCUAGUUAAUUAGUUCGCAUAGUGAUGCUGCUUGUUUCCUCUCUCGUCUUCGUAUUGUGUUUGGGACGAUGACUUGCCGUGGUUUUCAAAUUUAAGCUUGUUUUCUUCUUGAUUCCGUGAGUUGUCUUGGAAACAGAGGAAUUUGAGUAUUGUGGUUGUGGAUGCCCAAAUAUUAAAGUGGUCAUCUCCAUUUCUGGAUUGCUUGGAGCGGAGCGUAUCUAUCACAG